AGAGAAUACUAUGAUCAGAGAGAGAAAAAAAGAGAGAAAUGGGAAGAGCUCCUUGUUGUGACAAAGCAAAUGUGAAGAAAGGACCAUGGUCACCAGAAGAAGAUUCAAAGCUCAAAGAGUAUAUACAAAAUCAUGGAACUGGUGGAAAUUGGAUUGCUCUUCCUCAAAAAGCUGGUCUAAGGAGGUGUGGAAAAAGUUGUAGAUUGAGAUGGCUUAAUUAUCUUAGGCCAAACAUUAAGCAUGGAGAAUUCUCUGAUGAAGAAGACAGAAUCAUUUGCACUCUUUAUGCUAAUAUUGGAAGCAGGUGGUCAAUCAUAGCUGCUCAAUUACCUGGAAGAACUGAUAAUGAUAUAAAAAACUAUUGGAACACAAAACUAAAGAAAAAACUAAUGAAUUUUCUUCCACAAUCUCACAACACAAUCUUACCUUAUGAAACAUGUUCUCAAAACACACCAUUUUCAAAUUCUCAUUCAUAUUACAACAACUAUCAAACACCAACAAACACAUCUUUUGUUGAACAAAUUUCAGUUCCUAAUUCAACAAUCUCUGAACCUUUUUACCAAGAAGAUCAUUCCUUGCAAUAUAGUAAUUAUCCAUCACUACCUAUCACAACAGAAAGUCUUGUCAUGUUUGGAAGUGAGGGAAGUUGUUGCAGUUCUUCUGAUGGAAUAAGCUCUAGUCUUGUGAAACAAGAUGAUAUUAUCAAGUUUCAGAAUUUCAUGCAAACCAACAACAACAACAACAAUAUCAUCAAUCAUGUUGGUUUUAACCAAUGGGAAAAGGUGAACUUUUGCUUUAGUCAAAAUCAAAAGCAAAUUAGUACAACUUUGGAUUAUGAUCUUGAGUAUAUUAAGCAAUUAAUUAGUAGUAAUAGUAAUAACUUGAUGAGUGUUGAUGAAAACAAGAGAGAGGAGAAGAGUAUGUACUACUACUAGUAGUGAACUGAAGUAGCACUGAGCACUACUGACUUUUAAGUAAAAUCAGAAAGAUAUGUUUCAGUGAGAAGCAUGGUAGAGUUGAGAGCAAGAUUUUCAGAAAAGACACUUUCACCUAAUUAUUUAUUUAUGGGGUUCUCUCUUCUCUUUAUUUAAUUAUUAUUUACUUUA